AGCCUGUCUGUUAACAGGUCUUUAAUUUUUGACGUUUUGUUGUCGUCGUUUCGUUUCGUCUCUUUCACCUUCGUAUAUUAUACACAAACACGUGUACUGUUUCGCGGAUAUUUUAUUUUACGGAUACGUGUUGUUCUUGCAUUUGCUCCUGUACUCUAGGAAUUCCAAAAUAAAACUACUUGUCUUACGUGUCCAUUGAACCAGUAGUACUCCAGUAUACAAACGUGUCACGUUUCGAUUGUUACUAUAGAAAGUUAAGAAGAUUUACAUGAUGAAAACGAGAAGUGAAAUUAGAUUUAUCUUUUAUGCGGGUGCAAUAUUUAUAUGUUAUUUUAUUUUUGCUAUGUUACAAGAAAAAAUAACCAGGGGCAAAUAUGGAGAUAAUGACAAGUUCACUUGCGCGUUGUCCCUGGUAUUGAUCCAAUGUUUCGUAAAUUACUUGUUUGCCCAAAUAUUGAUGGUAUCCUGGACACAUGAGAAAGAUACAACAAGAACCGUUUAUUAUUUUUCAUCAGCAUUAACAUAUCUAUUGGCUAUGCUGUGUUCAGUGAUGGCCCUACAGUGGGUAAAUUAUCCAACACAGGUUGUGGGGAAAGCUGCAAAACCAAUACCGGUGAUGAUUCUUGGUGUUUUAAUUGGACGCAAAUCAUACCCACUGAAGAAAUACCUUUUUGUUCUCUUGAUUGUGAUUGGUGUUGCACUCUUCAUGUAUAAAGAUCAAGGCAAAAAGACUUCCGAUGACUCCGGCAUGGGAAUUGGAGAACUCCUGCUACUUGUAUCGUUAACCAUGGAUGGCUUGACUGGUGCUGUACAGGAACGUAUUAAGAGUGAAUCAUCUCCUACCGCAUAUUCAAUGAUGCUGAACACGAAUUGGUGGUCAACUAUUAUUUCGGCGAUCGGCGUGCUAUUAAGUGGUGAAAUAUUCAAAUUCGUCGCAUUUGUGACACAAUAUCCCGAGAUCUUGGUCUAUUUGAUUAGUUUUGCACUGAUGGGGGCUCUGGGACAACUGUUCAUAUUUUUCAUGGUAGCAGAGUUUGGACCACUACCAUGCUCGGUGGUGACAACAACAAGGAAAUUCUUCACCGUCUUGGCUUCGGUGGUCAUCUUUGGGAAUGUUCUACUCGGCCGUCAAUGGAUUGGUGCUGUACUAGUUUUCACUGGGCUAUUCCUAGACAUCAUAUACAGCAAGGGAAAAAGUCAACCGUCAAAAAGGAUCUCAGAUAAAUAAGUUUUUCCAAGAUAUUAAUAAAAUAAUCACUAUUUAGUAAAUGUAAUUGGCAUAUUUAAGAUGUACUUGUAGAUUAUCAAUAAAAAAGCGAGGUAAUAUUGAAUAUAAAAUUUUCGAUAUUUCCUUUUCUUAUCAAAUAAAUAUCAGUAAGGUAGUUAAUAUAAGUAAAUAAAUAUUUAUUCAAUUAGUGUAUUUCGUUUUCUUUAGGAAUUAUUUUUAUUUACCAAAUUAACUUUUUUUUUGUAAGGAAGGACUGAAUACAAAUUAUCAAACACAUUCACAGCCAAAUAUUGUUACCGUGAAAAAACUACAUAAUUAAGUUAAAAGUGUUGUUACCAUUUCAAAUAUGACAGACUGAUAGUUUUGAUUUUUAUAUACUAACGUCUGUUGAUCCAUUUAAUUAUAGAUUUGUCAUUCAAAGUUAGGUUUAUGUCUAUUUUAAUGGCUAUUAAAAAAUUGUAUUUUUAAGUUAUCGUUAAGGUAUGAUAAUGAAAUGCAUGAAUUAAAAAAUAAAUUAUAUGAUUUUUUUAUACAAAAAGACCUGUCAUCAGAAUUAAAGAUGUACAGCUAACUUUAGAUUAAUCUAUCAACUUCAAGUUAUACUUACGAAUAAAUUAGUUUGAAUAAAUACAGAAGUUUAUUUGAAUUCAAGAGGAAGAGUUGAAUUUAAAGAGCAUCGGUGGCUCAGUGGUUUAAACACUUGACUUGUAAUCUACCCUGUACCAAUGUGAUUUUCGAUUUUUCGAAUU